CACAACUUUUGUCGUCGAGGGUAUGAACGAAAAAACUACAGAAGGACCGUAACUGAUUGAAUUCCGCCCAUGUGAGACAGGAGACACUGACAAUGCCGAUAAAAACAAGCAAAUUGAAGUCACACAGCGCUGGAUCUGCCAAAAAGCGGAGCAAAAAGAGUGCGUCGAAAAUAAGACCUUUAAGCGCCCAGUGUGAUCGCCGAGAAAUCGACAUACUCAGUCGAGCUGCGAUGGAGAAUAUAUACUACAUUUCCCACAAUGCAGUGGACUGUCUCGAGUUCCGGGGCUUCAGGUGGCCAAUGGCGGGAAAAGCAAAAAAGGGGAAGAAGUCAAAAAAGACGAAAAGUAAAAAAUGAAAUCAGAUGGAGUUGUGGUCAUAUCAGUAUUCGAGCCAACACUUGUCAGAGUACAGUUACAGUCUGUGCCAUAAACUGUACCAUUUAUAUACAAAUAUUCAUCAAUCGUCUAUCAUCUUCUUUCUAAAACAGACAUCUAUAUACAUUUGAGCCCUGUCAUCAUCUAUAAGUCUGAUAAAAGAGGAAAAUCAGAUUAUGAAAAUCUUGAAGGUCAAUUCAUUUGAUGGAAUUUAACUUGAAAUGGGUUCUGGAGGUUAAUUUUCCUUAAGUACUGUUCAGCAAAGGACAGACAGGCCCUUGUUUGAAAAUGUUUAAAAUAUACUUAUUGUAGUUUUCAUUUUAAAUAUAUCUUGACUA